UUGGCUUUCGAUAUACAAUGGCUAUUUGGAAGAUGAAAAAUGGCCUAUUUAUGAUUAUGAUCUAUAUGAUACAAUUGAAAAUAUUGGAUUUCCUAUUAUAUUAAAUUCACGCUCCAUUACUGGAACCUUGAAAAAUUCUAGACACAAAGAUUUUCUCAAGCUUUUAUCUCCCGAAAUUAUUCGUACUUAUUUAAAAUCCAAUCAUACUAAAUGGGAACAUGACGUAAUAGAGAGAAACGAUGUCUUAAAAUUAUUUAAAUACAUAUUACAAGAUAAAAAGUUUAGUUCAUUAGAAGGCUUCAAAAUGAUUCCGCUCGCGAAUGGUACUCUUGGUACUUUGACACGAUCAAGAAAUUCAAACGUAUAUCUUGAUCCAGAUCUAAAUGAUUAUAAUAAUAAUAAAAGUUGUAGAAAUAAUAGAAAUAAUGAUGAACGUCUCAUAUUUACAAACCAAUUGCAUAAGUUUAUUGACAAAUCAAUCGAUUCUGAUUUGUAUAAACGUUUGUAUAAAAAUGCAAAAGCUGGAUGGAAUUUAAACAUCAAAAUUUUGGACGAAUCCGCCGUUGCCGAUAUGAUUAAAUAUUCGUUGGAUUAUGAAAGAAAUAAAAAUUACGAAGAGAUACAAAUAAAUAAUAAUAAUCGAGAGUGGAUUUAUCAAUUAUGGGAUAUCCUAAUGUAUCGGAAUUGGGAUUUGAAAAAAUUUGAAGAUAUUCAUCUAAUACCAACAAAUCGUUCAACUCUUAGAAAGUUAAAAACUCCUACAAAAAUUUUUUCAAGUAAAGCAAGCAAAUAUUCAUUUGAUAAUUAUAUUUCAAUAUUUGAAAAGUUUGGUGCUGUUUUUGUUGACAAUGGAUUUGACAUUGAAUGGGAUAAGAUAAAUCCGUAUAUUAUCAAGCUUGAUGACAUUAUAUCGGUCUUGACUUCGUUCCAAGCUAAUCCUUCAUAUCCAAGUAAUUUAGAUUGCCAGUUACAAAAUAAUGAGAUAUCAAUGUUCAUUAAAUAUUUAUCUCUUUUUUUGCAACAGUAUCAGUAUCAAGUAGAGUCUAAACUUACUGAAGUUAUCAAAAGAUUUCCAAUUUUUACUGAAAUUGGUUGUAAUUCGCCAAUCUCAUUAAUGUCUAAAGAUAGAAAAUGGUAUCUUUUGCCCUUUGAAGAAGUGAACUCAUAUGGGAAAAUUAUCUAUCCAAGUCAAAUGGGAGGAUUUCUUGACACUAGUUCAAAAUAUUUGUGUUAUAUAUUGGAAGAUAUUAUUAAAAUUCCUCGAUUAGAUGUAAAUAAUUAUUGGCGAAAUUGUGUAAUCCCAUUUCUUGAAAUGCAAUCACCAAAAGACAUAGAUAUAGUGGUUGACAAACUUUUUAAUCGAUUUCCAGAUAUACUUGACGAAAGAUUGAAGAAUGAUCUCGGGAGUAAGUCCUUUGUACCUGCUGGUACACUUGAGGAGUCGAAACAACAAAAAACACCCUAUAAACCAACAUUGGUUAAACCAAUAGAGUUGUUUGACCCUGAAAAAAAGAAAGUUAAUGAUCUAUUUUUUGAAGAUGAACGAGUCUUUCCCGCUGGCAAAUAUGGAAUAUCACGAUCAUUUUUUGAUAAUAAGUUCCUUGAGAAUUUGAAAAAAUUAGGAAUUAAAACAUCUCUUACUACAGAUGAUAUUAUUUUUCGAAUAAAUACUAUUAUGAAGAGAAAACAAUCUUCUAACAUUCAAGAUUUCAUUCAUAUCAAUGCAAAAAAACUUUUCAAAUAUAUUGAUGAAAAUUGGGAUCAGUUAACAAAUACUGAUAGCACCAUAUUCUCGAAUGCUAUUUUAGGAAAUGAGUGGAUCCCGACCACGAAUGAAUCUGGAAAGAAAUCCUUUUCGAAACCUCAGGAUUGUUAUUAUCAAAAAUACAAAUAUCUAGUUUGUUUUGUAGCACCAAUUCUGGAAUAUAAUAUUAAGAAUGUAAACUUUUUGAAACUUUUAAAUUGGAAUAUUUAUCCUAAUGUUGAUAUGGUUCUAAAACAAUUAACAUUUUGUUGUGAAAGUGUAACUAGAGGGCAAUCACCAAAGGAAUUGGAAUUAAUCUGUAAUUCAAUUUAUAAUUAUAUGAAUUUAGCGCUUCAACAUAACAUGUCCAUAUUCAAUUAUAUGAAAAAUCAUUUGAAAAAUAAAUCGUGGAUUUUGUGUGGAGAUACAUUUCGUUCAACUGAUGAAGUCGUUAUUGAUCUUCCUGAUAAACUUACGGGGAGCUACUCCUUAGUUACUAAACUUCCUAAAGAAUAUAAUGAAUUUAUAAAUUUAUUUAAAUCUAUGGGAAUUCGAGAUGAGAUUGGGAUUAAAGAUUUAAUUUUAGCUAUUAGAAAUACGGCUGAACGGAAUGAAAAUAAAAAUUUAUCAAUAGAAGAAAUAAAUAAUAUCGUACAGGUUCUUGAUCAUAUUGUAACAUUACAAAUGAGAAUCACGGCGGAAGAAAACGAUCCGGAAAGGUUUAAUGAGUUAUUAAUUCCAAGUACUGAAAAUAUACUUGUGGAUCUACGAAACAUUCAUUAUGAUGACAUGGGUAACAGACUUGAUAACGAAGAGAAAAGCAAGUAUAUGAUUGCUCAUCCCCUUGUAUCACAGUAUAUUGCCAAAAAAUUGAAUAUGCAGACUUUAACAGGAAAAAUAUGUGAAAUCUAAAUCCACAUUUAGAUACUGGAGAUAGUUCCUGGGAACCAUAUCGAUAUGAACAGAACGAAUCACUAACGACAAGAAUUAAAAAUAUUAUCAAAGAAUAUUUACCAAAUCAAA